AUGGUGCUUAUAAAACCCUUCGAGUGGAUGGACAAAUACGAAAUAAUCCCAGACGUUCUCAAUAUUUCCGAAACCUGUGCAGCCUCAAUUUCCAUCGACGACCUCGUCGGCCUCUGCGAAGACCCGAACAUUCCUCCACCCCUUAGCACAUCCACAAAACUCACAUACGGCUCGAUCCGCGGCUCCAACCCUCUACGAGAACGUCUAGCAUCUUUAUACUCCGCCCGGCAACCUUCUCCCCUCCCAAAAGAAGGCAUCUUGAUCACACCCGGCGCCAUCGCUGCGAACUUCCUCGCCUUCUACACACUUAUCAAACCCGGAGACCACGUUAUAUGCACGUACCCCACCUACCAGCAACUAUACGAUGUGCCAGCAAGCCUUGGCGCCGACGUGUCAUUAUGGAAGUUACGAGCUGAAAGGGACUACAUACCUGACAUCAGAGACUUGAAGGAAUUAGUGAACGACAAAACCAGUCUGAUCAUAAUCAACAAUCCCAACAAUCCUACUGGCGCCACAAUCCCCAAGCCAGUCCUCCAAGAUCUUGUUGACUUCGCGAAAGAGCGUAAUAUCACCAUUCUAUCAGAUGAAGUCUACCGACCCCUCUUCACGGGCAUGUCACCCGCUGACCCGAAAUUUCCCCCGAGUUUGAUAAACAUGGGCUAUGAAAACACAAUCGUUACAGGGUCGAUGUCUAAAGCGUACAGUCUAGCCGGCAUACGGGUAGGAUGGAUCGCAUCCCGCUCUUCUACACUCAUCGAGGCUAUCGCAGCGGCAAGGGAUUAUACUACAAUUUCUGUCUCCCAGCUCGAUGACUCCGUUGCGAGCUAUGCUCUUUCGGGAUCUGUGCUGCACUCUUUGUUGGGGAGGAAUAUCAAGCUUGCGAAGACGAAUCUAGAGAUCCUAGAGCGAUUUGUGGAUAAACAUAGGGGGACUAUCAGUUGGGUGAAACCUAACGCGGGCACGACCGCGCUGCUUAAGUUUAUGAAGAGAAGAGGGGAGAAGGUUGAUGAUGUGGCUAUGUGCAUAGAUGUUCUGGAGAAGACCAAGGUUAUGCUUGUGCCAGCUGGUAAGUGCUUUGGCAGUGAGUUUGGGGGCAUGGUCAGGGUUGGGUAUGUGUGUGAGACCAGUGUGUUAGAGGAAGCUUUGGGGAAGCUCGGGAUAUGGAUUGGUGAGCAUCUAGAGAGAUGUGCUACGAUUGAUUGA